AUGGCGAGGGAAGACCAUGAAUUAUCUUUGGCUGUUUCUGAAAUGGUUGUGGCGAGCGAGAAGAGAUCCACGGAGAACGGCCUUCCGCGUCGCCUUCGGACCGCCUACACCAACACCCAGCUCCUGGAACUCGAGAAGGAAUUCCAUUUUAAUAAGUACUUGUGUCGGCCGCGGAGGAUAGAGAUCGCCGCCUCGCUCGAUCUGACGGAGAGACAGGUGAAGGUGUGGUUCCAGAACCGCCGCAUGAAGCACAAGCGCCAGGCGAUGACCAAGAGCGACGACCCCGACAAGAAGUCGGGCGGCGGCCGCCACCGCGCCGACGACGCCACCAACAACAACACCAAGUCGGCGCCGUCGUCGCCCGACAGCAUGUGCUCCUCCGACGUCAAGAAGGAGGAGAGCAACGACAGCCUGCCUCUGGGCGGCGGCGCGGGCGGCAGCGGCGCGGGCGGCCCCCUCGCCUCCGUGGGGCCGGGGGCGCCUGGGGGAGGGCCCCCCGGCUCGGCCCUCGCGCCCCUCGCCGCGCUCGACACCUCCAAGGUCAAGUGCGAGGACGCCGAGGGCGUGCGCUACCCGGGCCCGGCGGCCUUCGGGGGCGAGGGCGUGGGCCUCAAGGACGGGCCCGGGGGCGGGGCUCAGGACACGGCCCCCCUCAACACCCCGCCCAUCCCGCGCGCCACGCCGCCCCUCACGCCCGCGACGCCCACGCCCUCCCCUGCCCACCUGGCAGGAGGCGCCCGGGGCGUGCCCGGGUCCCCCGCCCUCACCACCCCGCCCAUCACAUCCAGCAGGGGAGGCCCGCCGCCCGCGCCCACCACCACCGCCGUCUCCGCCUCCGCAGCCGCAGCCGCAGCCUCCACCACGAACGCCUUGCCGUCGCACGGGUUCGCCGUGAACUCCGGCGGCCGCGGCGCCGCCCGCAGCGCCUCCUUCUCCUACUGCGGCGCAGAGGGCAAGGGGCGUGGCAUGGCCGGCAGCUACCCGGGCGCGUACCGAGGGGCGUGGGUCGACCAGUACCGGGGCAUGGGGCGCGCCACGCCGCCCCAGUUCAUGGCCAACGCCAACAGCCGCGCCUCCGGCACCCACGCCUACGACUACACGUGCGCGCAGCAGCACCAACAGCAGCAGCAGCAGCAGCAGCGCGGCCAGCACAUGUACAACGGCGGCUACGGGAUGGACGGCUACUCCUACAACCGCCACUACUACAACAACAACAUGAUGUGCGCCGACGGCUACUCGAGCUACAACUACAUGUACGGCGGCGGCGGCGGCAUGUACGCGUGCCAGGGCGACGCCUCGGGCCACCAGUACUACGACUCGUACGGCAUGGCGGGCGCCGCCGGCUACGAGCACGCCGACAAGGGCUCCGGCAUGGCCUCGAUGGCGGCCAACAAUCCUGCCAACAUGGCCAACAUGGCCAGCAUGAACAACAUGUCUCAGGGCGGCGGCGGCGGCGGCUACUACGGCGGGGCCAACGGCACGAGCGCGGACGGCGUGGCCUACCAGGAGCAGCAGUACGCCAACCACCAGCAGACCCACGAGCACGACCUCAACUUCACGUUCAACUUCUUCGAGCAGGUUAGCAAAAAAGACGUACGUGCGAGUAAGCGGCGGGCGUCCAGGGCGAGAGCCCCCGCGGCCGCCCGCGCCUGGCCUCCAGCUGGGCCAGAGCCUCCCGGCGAGGCGCCCGCGGGAGGCCGCCACGCCAGCCCGGGAACUGGUCCUGCUUCGUGUUAA